AUGGAAGCUAUUAAAAAAAGAAUUCAUUCUAGUGAUGUUAGUGAAUCAGUUGAAAGUAAUGGAAAUUUACUGAGAGUUGCAAGUAGUACUAAAAGUCCAGAUAAUUUGGAUGGAUUAUCUCCUGAAUUAAUACCUAUUGUUACUUUAUUAUCUUCCCAAUCUCAUAGACGUUAUACAGAAGGAAUAUUUAUGUUAUAUAAUGAUUUAAAUGGUGAUGGAAAACCUGGUGAUAGAGAAUGGAAAGAAAUUUAUGGUAUAUUAACAGGUUGUCAAUUAGCUUAUUGGGAUGCUGCUAAUUUAGCACAAUUUAAAAAUAAUCCAGAUGCUUUAUUACAAUUCUCUGCAAAACCAAAUUAUUUAAAUUUUACUGAUUCAAUUUAUAAUGCAAUGAAAUCUUUACCAGCUGCAAAACAAAAUUUAGAUAAUGUUGUUAUUGUUUCAACUACUUUAAAAAAUAGAUACAUUUUACAAUUUAAAUCUUAUAAAGAUUUAACUCAAUGGUAUUCAGCACUUCGAUUAUCAAAUUUUGAGUAUAAAUCUUUACAAGAAGCAUAUACUGGUGCAUUAUUAUCAGCAAGAGGAUCAAGAUUAUCAGAUAUUAAAACUAUAUUGGCUGAAAAAAGAUUUGAUCAUGAAGAUUGGGUAAGUAUAAGAUAUGGAAGUGGUAUGGCUUGGAAACGUUGUUACGCAGUUAUUGAACCAUCAGUAACCAAAAAGAAAUCAUUUACACCAGGUAGAAUUUUAAUUUUUGAAAAUGAACAAAAAAAGAAAAAACAAUUAAUGGCCGUUAUAAUAAAUGCAUCAGCGGUAUCAGCGGUUUAUCCACAAUCUCAUCUUUUAAUUGAUCAUUCAACAAUGUUAAAAAUGGAAGGGUUUAUAAAUUUUACUUCUCCAAGUUUAUCUACAAAAGUAUCAAAAAAAUCAGCUGAUGAUUUUAGACAAACUUCAAUUUUUAUAAUGCCUGAACAACAUUCAGCAGUUCCAGGAUUUGAUACUUUAAUAAGAUUUUUAAUUCCUUUGUUGGAUACUUUUGGACUUUAUGGUAGACCAAAAAGGUUAAAAGCUAAUAGAAAUGAUAUUGACUCUUUAUUAUUUGGAUUACCAACAUUACCAAGAGUUCAUUAUUUAGAAUUACAAGAUGUUUUACAAUUAGUUACAAAAGGAGAUUUUCUUAAUUGGGAUUUGAAAAUAUGGAAUGAACAAAUUCAAUUACUUUUGAAAUCAAAAAUUGAACGAGGAUAUGAAGGUUGUGGAAGUCAAAGAGGUUAUGCAGGAGCUGUAAGCUCUUUAAAUAGUCCUACAUUAUCAACAGGCUCACCAAGAUUACCAAGUAGUGGUAGUCAAUUUUCAGCUACAAGAAAACCAGUUCCAACUUCAUCAUUAUCUCAACUGGUAUCUAAUUCCUCACAACCUUCUUUGAAAGAACAAAAUAAAGGAUUCAAUAAAAAUCCAAAUAAUUUAUCCUUACAAGUUCCUCAAAUCACAACUACAAACACAGAUGAUAAUAAAAAUGAUCCUCAUAAGUCGAUACAAUUAGCUGAUAUAUAUCAAAAAUAUUCUGAUUUGAAAACACCAUCUGAUAAUUAUCUUGAUAGAAAUCAAAUAUUAAAUGGAUCUCACGAACAUGUAGAUGAAAAAGAUUUACCAGCUGGAUUUCAACAAUUAAACAUAAAAGAUACUGAGAAAAACACUUACCCUAAAAAUGAUGAUGGAUUAUUUAGUGAUGAUGAUGAUGAAGACGAAAUUACUUCACAAAAUAGAGACUCGAAUUUGGUUGAUGUAAGACAAAUUGGUCUUAAGAAUUUUUCAAGUGAUUCAGAUGCUUCGUUAAGUAAUUUAAAAGUUCCAAGUUUCCAAGAUAAAAAUGGUAGUUAUGCAUCAGUUAUUUCUCCAAUGACUCAAUUUAAUGAUUUAAAAGAUAGUUAUAAAAGAGUUGAAAAUAUUCCAAUGUAUGGAUUGAAAAGUGAAACACCACCACCACCAGUCCCAAAACAUACAUCAGGUAUUGAAGAACAAUUUGGUGGUAAAUUAAAUGAAGUAUCGCAAGGUACACCAAAAACAGAAAAUUUUAAUCAAAGAUCUAUUCAUUCAGAAUCAGGAAGAGUUAGUAGUGGAUCAUCAUCUGAUUCAAUAACUAAAAAAGAAGAAAAUUUGAAUUUACUGCCACAAAAACCUGUUCCUUAUCCAGUCAAUAAACCAAGAUUUAUAUCAUCACCAAAUUCAUCACAGAAUCAAUUAAAUAAAUUUUCAAAUAAUAACGAAGUUAAAAAGACAACUUUACAGUAUCCAUUAUCACCAUCACCUGUUAAAAAUCAAUCAAAAGAACAAGUAAAUGAAGUUGAAAUAAAACCUAAAGUAGCUGCUAUACCUAAAUCUACCAAACAAAUCUUCAGUCCCUCAAUACAACCAACAUCACAAGCUUCUCAAUCUAAUCAAGCUACUCAGCCUAUAAGUAAUCAAAGUCCAAAUUCAAAAUCACGUAAACCACCACCACCUCAACAAUCACAAAUGUAUCCGCAACAACAAAUGUAUCAACAUCAACCUCAAUCAGCUCCUCAAAUUGCACAACAACCACAAAAGUAUCAACAACAACCAAUUUCUCAACAACAUAGUGCUCCUUAUCAAACUCAUCAACAACACAUGCAGCAAUAUCAACAACAACAUAAUUCACAAGCUUAUCAACCUCAAAUGGGUAAACCAAUCCCUCAACAACAUCAAACACCAAGACCAAUGGCCCCUCUACAACAACAACAACAACAACCAGGUUUGAACUCACAACCAAUCAGCAAUGGCUUUAAACCAAACAAUCAACAGAUGCCACCCCCUAAACAACAACAGCCUUUAAAACAACAACAGCCACCACAUCAACAACAAUAUCAAUCAAACGGAUUACCAGGUCAUCAACAAAUAGCAAACCAUUUACAAAAUAGAUCACAAUAUAACCCAAACACACAAUUCAAUCCACGUCAAAAUCAAAAUAUAAAUUUAAGAGCUUAUGAAAAUCAACAAUAUCAAUACUCAUCAAAUUAUCAACCAAAUUACCAACAAAUGAAUACUCAAUAUCAAAACCAACCACCUCCACCACCUCCACCUCAACAGCAACAACAACAACAACAACAAGGAAGACAUCCUUAUGCUAACUAUUCUCAGAACAAUAGUGGGAAUUUUAGACAAUACUAG